CAACCCAACUCAAAAUUCCCCACUUUUUCGCAUACGUUCCUCUCAAUCUCAAAGACCCAGAAAGAGAAGAAACAACUCAACCAGAACGAAAAAGAGUAGAAAGAACCCAACAAAUUCGCAUGGUCUCUCAACUUUCAACUCUCGCGACUGGUCGUUGUUCUCACAGUUUCCCCAUCCCAAAGGACACGUUGCACUUGCACAUCCCUUCUUAGACCAAUUAUCCGCAUAAACAAAACCCUUCUUUCAAGUUAACCCCAAAAUCAUUGCCACCCCUUUUCCCCCUCUCAGCACGUUGAAAUGGUAUAAAGAAACAACAAGUUCAUAAAGAUCUGCCAUGAGAAGAAUAAUUCCCUUCCCUUCUUCUGCAUACGAAGGAACUACUUUCCUUUAAUUCUGUCAAACUGCGCGCUUUUAGAUUCUAAUAUGAGUUGCAAUGACCAAGCCUCUGGUGCUAGUCUCAACAUUAGGGGCUUACUUUGCAACGCUGGUGCUGGUGCCGCUGCUGGGGCAAUUGCUGCUACAUUUGUGUGCCCGUUGGAUGUGAUCAAGACUAGGCUCCAAGUACAUGGUCUUCCUCCUGCACAGAAAGGUAGUGUCAUUGUCACGAGCUUGCAGAAUAUAGUAAGGAAUGAAGGCUUCAGGGGAAUGUACAGGGGCCUUUCACCAACAAUAUUGGCAUUACUUCCAAACUGGGCAGUUUACUUCACAAGUUAUGAGCAACUAAAGGGCCUGCUUCGUUCACGUGCAGAUGGUUGCAAUGAACUCACAACUCUUGGCAAUAUUAUAGCUGCUGCUGGGGCUGGGGCAGCAACAGCAAUUUCUACAAAUCCACUGUGGGUUGUUAAGACAAGACUCCAAACACAAGGAAUGAGGCCUGAUGUUGUUCCUUACAAGAGCGUUUUUUCUGCUUUGACAAGGAUUACACAUGAGGAAGGCAUACGAGGCCUAUAUAGUGGCAUUGUGCCUUCAUUGGCUGGCGUAAGUCAUGUUGCUAUUCAAUUUCCUGCAUAUGAAAAGAUAAAGUCAUACAUGGCAGAGAAAGAUAACACAACCGUUGACAAGCUAAGCCCUGGGAAUGUUGCCAUCGCAUCAUCAAUUUCAAAAAUAAUUGCAUCGGUAAUGACUUAUCCGCAUGAGGUAAUACGUUCCAGGCUGCAAGAGCAAGGCCAGGCCAAAAAUAUUGGGGUUCAAUAUGCAGGGGUUGUUGAUUGUACUAAGAAGGUGUUUCAAAAGGAAGGCAUUCCAGGGUUUUAUCGUGGUUGCGCAACCAAUCUGUUAAGAACAACACCAUCUGCUGUUAUUACAUUCACCAGUUAUGAGAUGAUACACAGGUUUUUGGAGCGAGCUAUACCUCAGGACAAGGGGUAUCCUCAAGGCCCUAAAUCGAAUGAAUUUAAGCCCCGGCCAGAAGCCAGUGAAAUUGAUGUGAAAAAUGGCACUGGUAAGGGGCAUCCACCGUCUCAGUCUAACAUGAAAUCUUCAUCAAUUCCUCUCGGAAACAAAGAGCAGCUAACAAGACAUUGAUAGGCAAUAAUUGUGUUCUUUUUUACUGUCUUUCUAACAUUUAAUUUAUAACUUGGCUCUGAUUUUUUCGUUUUUAUUUUUAGUCCGGCAUGCCAAUGCUAAUUUUUACCAGAAUUGUGCAUUAUAUUGGCAAAAAAAUAAAGGUCCCUGUACUUAUAAUAAAAUUGAGUAAAAUAUAGGAGGAAUUGAAGGAUUUCCAUGAUUGGCCUUGAACCU